UAUUCAGUCCUUCCCCUCAUCCCUAUCACGAAGCACAUCUGACGUGUACACUUGUGCUCCGUUCUGUCGCUCGUUUAAGUGCCCCGAAUCUCACACACACACCCGACCCCGCACGCCACAACUCUCAAGGCUGCAGCUGUUUUUUUCCGGGUGGUAGGUCACUAGGAGCAAGAAUAAUGUGAUUGGCUGGCAGUAAAGCAAACGGUUGCUAGGUGACCGCAUCAAGGCCGAACCUUGGUGGAAUAGGAGGAGGAGAUAGCUAUGAUGGUGGGCGGGGAAGCGCUUCUUCUCUAGUGGAUGAAGUCGCCUCUGCGAGGCUGGUGUGGUUUCAGUGGACUUGGGAACACGUUGUGAGUACCAGCAAGCUAUCCGCUUCGUCUUGAAAGCAAGUGGGGAGUUUCUGUUUAGAGAAGCAAGGGGGGGGGUGAAUGCCAAGCCAAGCCAAGCCAAGCUAAGCUACUGACGCUGCGUCUUCAGAAUCUCCCAAGCAAAGGAACUGUUGGUAUUUUAUUUGAGAUGAAGACUCCUCUUGUAGCACUGGUUUUGAUGCCAUUCUGGAUUACAGUGCAUAAAACAGAAGAAAGUCUUCAGAAUCAAAAAGAAAAGAAAAUUUCAAAAGAGGAUACCCUGAACAAGAGUAAAAGAUUAACAAUUCAAGAUUCAUUUUCAUCACAAGUGGGAAAGGAGACUGAGAAAAAGGAGGACAAAGGUCAUCGUUUUUAUCAGAGAAGCCUCAAAAUACUGAAACAUUCAAAAAGCAAAAAAGAUAAGGAAAAAGCCCACCAGCUCCUUGUCAAAGCAGCAGAAAUGGGAAGCCAGAAAGCCAUGGAGAAGCUUGCAGCUGACAUGCUGUUUGGAUAUAAUGGUCCUCAAAAUGUAAAAGCAGCUGUGUCAUUGUAUGAGAUUUUAGCUGAAGAAGGGUCUCAUAAAGGCCAGACUGCAUUAGGAUUCUUGUCUUCAUAUGGAAUAGGAGUGGAAUAUAAUCAAGCAAAGGCACUUGUAUACUACACAUUUGCAAGUAUUGGGGGAAAUCUUAUAUCCCAGAUGAUCAUGGGUUAUCGUUACUGGUUAGGAAUCAGUGUUCCAAGGAGCUGUGAAGCAGCACUAAUUUAUUACAGCAAAGUUGCAAAUUUCAUUGCCACCAAAUUAGAAAAAAAUGAAGAUAUGCUAGUUGAAAAAGUGAAACUGAUGGAAAGAGCAGAAAAUCUGAGUUUUAAUACAGAAUUCUUGGACUGGGAUAUACAUCAGUACUACAAGUAUUUGGCUGAAAGAGGAGACACACAGAUACAGGUGUAUCUUGGACAGCUGCAUCUUGCAGGAAGAAAAGGACUAGAGAGAGAUCAUGCCAAAGCCUUCUACUAUUUCCUAAAGGCAGCAAAUGCAGGGGAUGCACAUGGUAUGGCAUUCCUGGGAAAGAUGCAUUUAGAAGGAAGUGCUACAGUGCCUCAGAGUAAUAUAACAGCCUUGAAGUAUUUCAAAAUGGCAGCAGAUAAGGGCAAUUCUGUUGGACUGUGGGGACUAGGACUUCUUUAUUUUCGUGGAAAAGGUGUCCCACUGAAUUACAGUGAAGCUUUUAAAUACUUUCAAAAAGCAGCAGAGAAAGGAUUUGCCAAUGCCCAAUUUCAACUAGGAGUCAUGUAUCACAAUGGGUCAGGAGUCAGGAGAGAUUAUAAACUUGCCUUCCAAUAUUUUUACUUGGCAUCUCAAAAUGGGCAACCCCUUGCUGUUUAUUAUUUGGCUCAAAUGUACGCUACAGGAACUGGAGUGUUCAGAUCAUGCCAAAACGCAGUUGAACUUUACAGAACUGUAUGUGAAUUAGGAAGAUGGUCAGAAAAAUUUCUAACAGCAUACUUUGCUUACCAGGCUGGUAAUAUUGAUUCAUCUCUUGUUCAGUAUGCAUAUCUAGCAGAAAUGGGCUAUGAGGUAGCUCAGAUCAAUUUAGGUCACAUUAUGGAAUCUGAAAAUGCUAAACUUCUCCAUAAAGACCAGAUAUAUCCAUUGGCUCUUCUUUUGUGGAAGCGGGCUGCAAAGCAAGGCAAUAUAUUUGCCCGAGUUAAAAUUGGAGAUUAUCACUUCUACGGCUUUGGAACAAAGAGAGAUUACAUUACAGCAGCAGUUCAUUACAACCUUGCUGCUGAUCAGCAGAGUGCUCAAGCCAUGUUCAAUCUGGCAUAUAUGUAUGAACAUGGUUUAGGCAUUUCUAAGGACAUACAUUUAGCUAGAAGAUGGUAUGACCUGGCAGCUGAAACAAGCCCAGAUGCUUUUAUACCAGUGUUCCUAGCAUAUAUAAAACUAGAAGUGAUGCACCUGCUCACGGAUCUGCAGCUUCUCAAUCUUACUGGAAACUGGAAACUACCAGCACUGGACCGCAUGCUAAGACUACACUGGGAUAUGUUUGUGAUGAUAGUCAUUGUUAUGUUACUCAUACUGUUAAUAAAUGGAAGGCAAAAUUAAA